CACCAAGAAAGGAAAUAAAAUGUCCAACUUUCUUUCUAAGUUUUUUUAACCAAGCAAUCUGUUUUCUCAGAGGAUAUUGAGGAACCGAGCUGAAUAAAGAUAAAAUAUAAAGUCUGCAAUUAGGCAACACAGUGAGUUUGCCAAAUUCAUUUAUUAUCUCUGUCUGAACCAUACUGUGCCUCAGGGCUGAAUAUGUAAGUGUGAGUGAGUGUGCGUGCACCUCUUCCUCACCUCUCUUUACCUCUCCUCCCUCUCCCUUCAUCCAUCCAGAAGGCCGCCCUCGGUGUGUUAGUCAGGUUCAAAGUCUGAACUUCUUCUCGCUGCCAGAAGAAACUCAAUACGUACAGCAGCUUUAAAGAAUCAGGGGAACAUCCCAGUGCUGAUCCUUCCUGUACAUCCCCAAAGGUGACACACUCAGAUACUGUAUUUAUGGGAUGGAGACAGAGCAGUCACAAGGGCCCCCUCCUCGCUUCAGGCCUAUUGUUAUGGAGGUUUGUCUCGGGAGACUUGUCACUAUGUUGCCUAUGUGUUGGCUCCGUGUUGAGUCUCAGGGUGCAUGGAGAGUACAAGAGGUUUUGGGUAGACAUCCUCAGGGCUUCUCUUAUUCACUGAGACAUCUAUCAAAUGGGUUCAAAGGGCCAAGUAGGAUUUUCCUCUGCGGAGUCAGUUUACAUCUGUAAAACACUGAUGUGCCUGUAGCUCAUAACAAAGUGCUCUAGAUCUUUUUUUUUUUCCAUGUCACAAAGUUCUACAAAAAGGACCAUUUCUGUAGCUUGUGAUACAAAUUCUGUUGCAAAAAGAGUUAAAGUAAUUCAAAUGUUUAAAAUCUUAAAAAAAAAACAACAAAAAAAACAAACCUUUUUUUUUCUGAUUGGAGUUUUAACAUCAUGUAGUUUCAUAUGAUAAUGCGUAAUUACGUUAGAAAGAAAACGAUAUUUGAAUGAUUUUGCCUCUGGAAAUGAACACACAUAGGUUACGACUCAAGCCCAUGUUUAUCCAUGUUUAUGCUAUAGCUUGAGCAGGGAAGGGUGGAGACUUGCGAAAGAAAAAAAAACUGGGCGUAGGAGACGCAGAGGAGAAACCUUGAAUGAGAGAUUAGUACACCUCAGAGCGCACAGACACAUCAGGCUGGAGGUCUCAUCUGACUGCAAAUAAACGAAGAGUCAUGUUCAGUGACAAAACUUUCUGAGGAGGAUUCAUUUUGAGCUGUCUUUUCUAAAAAAAAAAAAAAAAAAAAGGAAUUAAAAAAAGCAGACAAAUACUAUGAAGAUUAUUUUUGACAAAUCCACUGAGCCAUUCCGUUGCUGAGAGGAGCUCUCCAUGUGAUGCCUCACUUUUACGCAACAGGUUCUGAGAGAUAAAUUUAAACAGUAUCAACUCCGACCCAUGUAGGAAGAAGAAGAAGCAUGCUGUCUCCGUUUUGGCCCUUUGGCAUCGAGCAGGAGAUCAACUCAUGGGAUGUAGCGGAUGCAGAGUCAGGUUCAACUUUGGGAAGGUGCUGUCCAAAGUCUCGGUGUUUUUUACCAUGGUUCUGAUCUUCACCUACUUCUUCUAUUGCCUCACCGGAUUUUGCGAUUCGGCUCCGAGAACUUUAUACAGCCAGCAAGCUUUAGACGGGGACUAUGAUAUUUUGGACGAUCGUCGCCGCAUUCUGGGCGACCUGCGACCACCGGCGCGUCUCCUCCACGACGCGCCUUCUCAGCGGAAUCGCACAGUCUCCGCGGACGCAGAGCAGAUGGACGCACCCGGACAGCUGCCUCAGCGCGUAUCGGACAGCGCAAAUAAAAGCGCCCAGAGCAACGGCAUCCCCGUGUCCAACACUUUCGGGACCAAAAGGUUUCCACAGGCGAUAAUAAUCGGCGUGAAGAAAGGAGGAACCCGCGCACUGCUGGAGUUUCUCCGCAUCCACCCGGACGUGAGAGCGGUCGGCGCGGAGCCUCACUUCUUUGACCGGUUUUAUGAUAAAGGACUGGAGUGGUACAGGAACCUGAUGCCUCGGACGCUGGACGGCCAGAUCACCAUGGAGAAGACCCCCAGCUACUUUGUUACAAAAGAGGCUCCUGGCCGUGUCUGCACUAUGAACUGCCAAACCAAGCUCAUUGUGGUGGUUAGGGAUCCUGUGACGCGGGCUGUAUCUGACUACACCCAGACACUAUCCAAGAACCCAGGCCUUCCAUCCUUCCAGAGCUUGGCCUUGAAAAACUCCUCCACAGGUCUGAUUGACACCACGUGGAGUGCCGUGCGCAUCGGCCUCUAUGCCAAACAUCUGGAGAACUGGCUCCAGCACUUCCCCUUGUCUCAUUUUCUGUUUGUUAGCGGUGAGCGGUUGGUGUCUGAUCCAGCUGGGGAGAUGGGCCGGGUUCAGGACUUCCUGGGUCUGAAAAGGGUUGUUUCAGACAAACACUUCUACUUUAACCAAACCAAAGGUUUUCCUUGCUUGAAGAAACCCGAGGGGAGCAGCAGACCCCGCUGCCUUGGAAAGUCUAAAGGCAGACCCCACCCCCAGAUUCCCUCUGAGGUCCUACAGAGACUUAGAGACUUCUACAGGCCCUUCAACCACCGUUUUUACCAGAUGAGCGGACAGGACUUUGGCUGGGACUAACAAAGGAGGAUCCUGUCAUAGCCCAGAUAAAAGGCAGUCUCUUACUUUUUGGAGAGAUUUACUGUUUAAUACUAUACAGGGCUAACGUUCUCAGGGACAGGGUAGAGGAAUACAAACUGGGACUCCCUUUGGACCAUCCUGCCUCAGUGGAAUCAACAUGACAUGCAGCACUCUUGAACUGUCACUGUAUGUUGUAGAGUAGAAGCCGACAUGGGAACCUUGCUGCCAAUAUAAAAGUUACACGCAUAGUUAAUGGCUUAGUUAUUAAACCAUUAAACAGUUUUCUUGCUUGUAUGUUAAUGUUGUACAACAGUUAGAAACAAACUAGGUACCAAAGGGAAAGCAAAAAACAUUGCCUUCGAAUAAUUUUUGACUUGCUUUAUGUUUUGUUUAUAAAAUAAGCUGAUAUUUAUAGUUUCUGUUGAUUUGAAACACAAGUUACAAUUUUUUUUUUAAUGAAAGAAAUGUAUUUAUUACAUGACAAGGCAAUACAUUAAAACUGACUAUAUGAUCAUAGACAGGACAUUGGAAAAAAUGUCAAACUCCAUGAUAAACCACUAUUUCUUUUUAAUUAUUAGCAGUGUUACUAAAAGUGAUUGCAUUUAUAAUUUUAUUACAUUUAAUGUUUCCAAAUUGUCUUUGGAAUGCUACAUAUCUUAGUUUGAUGUUACAAGCUAUUUUCUCUGUAUAUUGCAGUUAAUACACCAGUGAUACCUCAUCUGUAAAUAUUAAAUAAUGAUCACGCACACAUUCCAUCUCUAGGUACUUGUAAAUAUUUUUCCCUUCAAAACAACAUCACUGUUUCAAUUGCCUUGGACAGCACCAACUGUAUCCGCUGUUACUCGCUUACAAUAAAUGACUAUUUUGAUCUGUGAUUAUUUUGAACCAUUUUUCAUUCCAUAUGUAAAGUACGCAAAGCACAGUGGUGUGUGUAAAACAUUCACUCUGACUCUGAUUCUCUAUGUUGCGAAGUAAAGGUU